AUGGAACGAAAACGUUCAAUAAGGCGUCGUCAAAAGCCACCAUUUGCUGAACGGGCAAAGGAUCAUUGCAGAAAUUUCACGGCUUUCAUGUUCAGUAAUGUGGGAAUUAUCUUUCUUGUGGUAUUGUACAUGAUUGCAGGUGCGUUCAUGUUCAUCGCGAUAGAGGGCAACGAAGCUCUGGAAAGGUUUGCUCAAAUACCGUUUAAAAGAAACGAAACUGCUAUGAGAUUGUGGCAAAUAUCCUGUUGUGAAGUGAAUGUGUUCAACAAAAGUACCUUCGAAGAGAAAGUAGGAAAUGAAAUACGCGCAUAUCAAGAGAAAAUUGUGCUUUGGGCUCGACGAGGGUGGCAAGGCAGUGAUAUCACAUUGGAAAGCGAGUCCCCCUGGAGUUUUUCUGGAGCAUUUCUGUACUCGCUUACAGUUAUAACCACGAUAGGAUAUGGCAAUAUCGUGCCUCGUACUGAAUGGGGGAAAAUAGCCACAAUUUUUUAUACCAUCAUUGGAAUGCCACUAUUUCUGCUCUAUCUUUCCAAUAUUGGUGAUAUUUUGGCAAAAUCAUUCAAAUGGAUCUAUGCCAAAUUUUGCCUAUGCCGAGUGUGUCCAGGUGUAGCAAGGAGACGAGCAAUGCGUGCGAGGCGAAGAGCACGAACGGAAGAGCGAGACUAUUCGUCGGAAAUGGGUGAUAAUGGGUUUGACACUAAUACGAUUACCACCUCCAACGUCGAUGACGAGAUCGAAGAAGAAAUCACUGCCGAAACGAACACCGUCACUGUUCCAAUAACUAUUUGUAUUAUGAUAAUGAUAGGAUACAUAUUCUUUGGGGCUCGGCUUUUUGCUGAUUGGGAAAACUGGGAUAUUCUCGAUGGAAGUUAUUUUUGCUUCAUCUCCUUGAGUAGCAUAGGCUUUGGAGACAUUGUUCCUGGCGCAUCGUUACAAACCAAGGGAGACACAAAAAUGGAAAUCAGUUUUAUACUGUGUGCCGUAUAUCUGUUACUUGGUAUGGCUUUAAUCGCGAUGUGUUUCAAUCUGAUGCAGGAACAAGUUAUAUAUAAAAUACGAUCACUCAAGAAGUGCGUCAGAGGAUGCUUUCGCUGUGCCAAGGCGGUACCGGUGCCGGUUGAUGAAACUGAAAGCUAAGCAUAUCUUAGGAUUCGCAUUCAACUCCAGAAGCCACCAAAGACAUACAUUUAAAUAAUGAAGCAGCCCCAUUUAAGACACAUUUGACUAAC